CAGUAUAUUUAUAAGGCAAGGAAGCACAUUAUCCCACACCUAAGAAGGUCUCAGAGGAACCACUUCCAUCAUUGACCAUCAAGCAGCAGAGUUCCUCCUUGGUCUCCAGAUUGUGACAAAAUGCAGAAGAUAAGCUUCUUUCUGUUGCUCAUCUCUUUAUCAACAUGCUUUGCCCAACAUUGGUCAUAUGGCUUCCAACCUGGUGGGAAGAGAAAUGUGGAAAACCUAAGAGACUCCUUCCAAGAGAUUGAAAACGAGAUGGACAAAACGGGGGAACUGCAGCCCUUUGAAUGCAGCGUGCCACGCCAGCGUUUCACUCUCAGAGGACUGAAAGGUGUUCUUAACAGGCAAGCCUAAUUGAAGGAGAAAACGGGCCAAGGAAGAUCUAAAACUACCCAAAUCCAAAUGAAAAAUAAAGCAGAAUGGAAUCUUUGCAAAGCAAACAUCUAAAUGCAACAUCUGAUUUACGUAUGUGGUAAACCAAACCAAGAGGAGUGCAGGGGAAUCUAGUUUGCCAUUGUGUUAUUGAGCUUCAAAUAAAAUGUCCUUAAGCUA